GAGAAAGUGUUACAGAGUAUGGUUUUAUCUUUACAGGAGCAGGAAAAUUCAGAUUCGAAACAUCCCUCCUCACCUACAGUGGGAGGUGCCGCACAACCAAGCAUCGACAAAUAAGCUGUGAAACAAAAUGUACACCUGGUCUGUUAUUUUUUAAUCUCAUGAUUUGGUAUUGGAUGGACUUUUGGCUCAGUAUGGGACAGUGGAGAAUGUGGAACAAGACUUGUAUGCUGGAAUACCUGUGUGUGAGAGAUACCUAUAUCUGUCUGUCUCUCCGAAUAUAUCCAUAUAGUUUGGUUUUUAAGGAACAAAAAACUACUGGAGAAACACUGUCACGCCGGGUCAACACAGACACAGAAACUGCCGUUGUCAAUGUCACUUACGCAACAAGAGAAGAAGCAAAAAUAGCCACGGAGAAGCUAAGUGGGCAUCAGUUUGAGAACCACUCCUUCAAGAUUUCCUACAUCCCCGACGAAGAGUUUGUUGGUGCCAUCAUCGGAAAGGAGGGCUUGACCAUAAAGAACAUCACUAAGAAGACCCAGUCCCGGGUAGACAUCCACAGGAAGGAGAACUCUGGGGCUGCAGAGAAGCCUGUCACCAUCCAUGCCACCCCGGAGGGGACGUCUGAAGCCUGCCGCAUGAUCCUUGAAAUCAUGCAGAAAGAGGCCGAUGAGACCAAACUGUAAGUUUGCAGUGGGCAGAUCGUUCCACAGAACGAGAGCGAGAACUGUGUUACUUAGUAAAGAAGACCGUGGCAGAGGGGUGAGAUUAUAUUUACAAAAUUGAUUCCUGGAAGAAUACCUUUAUAGCAUGGUUGUUCUUCAGUUGCAUUUUGGUGGUCCUGAUAUUCCCAUCACCCAUUGGUAGGAGCACACACACAUGUGCUGUCUGGGAGAACUUGCAGUAAUGGAAAUGUGCCAUAUCCCCACGCACUGUGCAAUGAAGUAGCCACUAGGCUCGUGUUGCUGGAGUACUAGAAACAUGACUAGUGCAGUGGAGAAACUGAAUGUUUGAUUUUAUUUCAAUGAAUUCUACUUUAGAUAGCUAUGUGUGUGGCUAGUAUCUGUCUUUAUUUAUUUAGUU